UCCAUCACGUCAUAAACUUUGAACAUUUCUCAUUUCAAAAACACAAAAAGAAAAUCUCAUAGACAAAGAGGAGCGAACGAACCUUGAAUGAGAAAAGAGCCAUCCGAAAAAAUCAGAUAAUUAGUAGCAGAGAGCAACACAAGAAAUGGAUGAUUAUACGAGAGAAAUGAUGGACCUCAAAACCCUUGUCACCCGUACCCUUGAGAAGAAAGGCGUCCUUGCCAAGAUCCGAGCUGAGCUUAGAGCAAGCGUUUUUGAGGCGAUAGAAGAGGAGGAUAGGACAAUUGAAAAGGACGAAGGCCUGCCUCCUGCACUGUUGGGUAGCUGCAACGAGCGCGCGAAGCAACUCCAUAAUUCCCCUUCAGGAAGGCUGCUAACUGCACUGAUAUGUGAAUAUUUUGACUGGGCUCAAUUAAACCACACACUUAAAGUUUAUUUACCAGAGUGUAAUUUGCAAAAGGAUUCUUGGAAAUCAGAGCUAAAAGAAUUUAGCAGCAAAAAUGGAUACGAUCUUAACAGGAAUGGGGACAGUGGUCCAUUGCUUUUGGAUGUUCUCGAAGGAUUUUUGAAGUAUGAGAACUUAUCUCAAGGAAGGGGUGCUGGGAGGAGAUUUACAACACCAGAUGCUGACUCUCUUCCCAAUUUAGAAACAAGGAACGUGAGGAGGCCUUCUUCAUCUUCAGUUGCUGGGGGCUUACCUCCACUAGGAAGGCCAGGUCCUGCUGCCCAGUCAUCUAAUAGAAGAGGUGGUUCGUCGAUAUCUGGAUACAGGAAGGAUGAAUACAGCUGGAGAUAUGACAAUGAUGAACUUGCAGAAGAUGUAAGUCGUGCUUCAUCUGCCUUAGAAAACCUUCAGCUGGACAGAAAAGCUCGGAACCUUAGCACUUCCUGGAGGCAUGGAGGGGAUGGCAUGUCUGAGGAAGAUGGCAGGGCAGAGUAGGUGUAGCUAAAUGGUCUCCAAAUUACUAAUGUGGGAACUGAUGUUAUCUUAAACCACUGAAAUGCUAUGUUGUGUAUUGGUCUGUGAUGUUGCGUAUGAUUAAAAUACUGUAUAUUGCUUUUAGUAAGUUGCUAUGAGCUUUUAUUCCUUCCU